UACUAAAAAAAAAUAUUAAGAAAAAAAAAUGGAUCGCAUCUCUGAAUCUCGUGCUCUUGUACCUCUUGUGCCAGCGGAAAUUGUCGUGCGUGAGCCGCCGCCAACGUUUAACGUCAUUGUCACACAACCGCAAUUGCCACCCCCGCCAACGAUUAUCACGACAGCGGCAUCGCAAAGUUCGCAUCAACUGCAGGACAUCCAACAAUCAUCGUUCUCAUCUACCUCGACGGUAUCGUCGCAAGGAAGUGGCGGAAGUGCAAAGCCCACAGUAAUUGAAAAACUGUCGAGACCAAUGGCGUUCGAUAAAAUGGAAAGCUUGGUACGCGAAAUGCAAGACGGCGAAUGCGGAGUUCCUGUGCGGAGUCAAAAGCAAAUUUUCACGUCUAUUCCAUCGGUCUUCAUGGGUUACGAUUUAGUUGAAUGGCUAAUGUCACGUGUCGGCGUCGAAGAAUGCGAAGCGCUGAAUAUUGCAUUUCAGCUGUGUCUGCACGGUUACUUGUUUCCCGUGAACGACUGGAAGAACUUGUUCGUGAAAGACGACUCGACUUUUUAUCGCUUUCAAACCCCUUACUACUGGCCAUGGCAGCAAAAGCCUCCCGAUAACGUCGAAUACGCGAUUUACUUGGUAAAACGCUCGCUGCGGAACAAACAGAAGCACGGCUUGGAGGACUACGAACUGGAAGCGCUCAAUAGUUUGCACAAAAAUCUCAAGGGCAAGUGGGAAUUCAUAAAUUUGCAGGCGGAAGAGCAAAUCCGGCUGGCAAAGGAACGCAAAAAGGGCGACAAACAGGUUAGUGAUUCGCAGGAACGGGCUUACUGGCGAGUUCAUCGUCCGCCGCCCGGGCAAUUUACGCCACUGGAGCCGUGUCCGGUGCCGUCACGCAGCAAACCGCGCAAGAAGACAAUAGAAGACUGGAAUCGGGAGCUUGCCAUGCUGAGGAAUUCCUUUGGGCGAAAUCGGAUGAAAAUGUCGCAGGCGUGCGACUUGUUGGUGCAAUAUUACGAGACGUACGGCGAAUUCGAUCCGAUGAUGACGCCAGCUCAACCGACAAAUCCCUGGGUCACGGACGACAUUUCGUUCUGGCAAUUUAAUGCGCCGCACGUUGAAGUGCUUUCGGAGAAACGGGUAAAAAAAUGGGCAAUCUCCAUCGAGGAUUGCGUCGCGGAUCCCAUGGGUCUGCAAGAAUUCACGGCAUACCUGAAGAAGGAAUAUUCGCACGAAAAUAUCCGAUUUUGGGAAGCUGUUACGGACUUGCGACGCUCAUCGGCAUCGAGUGUCGUCAAAAAAGUCAAAGCAAUUUACGAUGAAUUUCUGUCACCAAAUGCGCCGUGCGAGAUAAAUGUCGACGGCAAGACGAUGGAACAAGUGCAAGCCGGCCUCAAGAAUCCAUCGCGUUUUGCAUUUGACGUGGCAGCGGAACACGUUUAUGCAUUACUACUCAAAAAAGACUGUUAUCCGCGUUUCGUGCGCUCGGAACACUACAAAAAUUUGGUUGCCAAUGCCGUGCAGCCGUCAUCGAAGAAGAGUUUCUUCCGUUUCGGUGGCGGUGCGGCAAAGAAAAAGGGCUCAACGUCGCAAGGCCCGAACACAAAUACGCUGCAUGGGCCGCAAGUAAUGAAUACAAUUGGCUCGAUACGGGGGCGACGUGGCAGUGAUCGCAGUUUAACGGGAAGCGCAGGCGAACUAGCUGUUUAUGGGACGAAAGAAACGACGAGAGUUCCGCAUUCGCAUAGUCAGAGUAAUUUGAAUGACACUUCGGUUGGCUUAAGCAGCGACACGAGCAAAUUCGCCAACAAAUUGGACAUUUCAAUCGAAUUACCAUCCAACAUCGACGCGGUUUGCCCUUGGGACACAGACGAAGUUCCAAUUAUCGUUAGCGAGGCGAGCACAAAUCCAACGGAAUCAGAUGCCAUUCACGAUGUUUUAGACAAAAUGAAGCGUUCCUGUCGUCUCAUCCAACAAAAUACGCUCGACUCUGACUUUCACAGCUCAAAAAAAUUACAAACUUGCGUCACGGAGCAUCGAAGAGCUUCAAUGACGAACAUUACAGAUUUUUCUGCUUCUCAAUUAACACAACGCACAUCGUCCUUCAGUGACAAAAAAUCGUUGGAAGCCACAAUGAUAUCGUCGAGCGCGACAUCGCUUCUGCAGCACCAACAACCGCAAUUUAUCCAACCGCAAGGCCCAAAACUCGCAAUUUCCUCGAGUACGCCGCUUCUGACGAUCGAAACGCGCAACAUUCAGCGUGCCACAAUCCCCGAAGAGUCGUCGCGCGCCAACAGCGAAGUCGAUUUGCAACGGAAACUGUCGAGCGAGUCGGCGAAAAAAAUUUCUUUGGAUCUUUCCGUGUCGGAAGUCGAUAAAAGUUCGUCGCAAUCGUCACUGCCCGUCAUCAAUGUGACCGAUAACGAAGGCGUAACGGAAGAUCUUGUGCUGGAGCAAGAAGAAGAUUUGCUUCCGGUUGAGACAAAAAAAGAAAGUCUUGAGGCGGAAAUGUCGCCCGUUACGCCCGUGACUCCGGUCGAAGUCAAAACUGAAGAAAAAACGACAGAAAAGGAAAUCCAGAGCGAUGUUGCCGUUAAGGAAGUGGUUCCUUCGACUUCUGUGUCAAAAACCAAUUAUCACUUUUGUGAAAAUAAUCCACAUGUACAAAUAAUCGAGAUUGAGAUUGAAACGCACGCGGAACCAAGUCCUCCGGAAGAGCAAAUUAUUUCGAAGGAGAACAUUCCGAAUGUCAUGCGAAAGUUGUCCGUGCACGAAGAGGCUGAAAAACAGCACGAAACAGAAGAAACUGAAGAUGAUGAGGAUGACGAUUCAGAUAGUAGUUUUGUGCCAGGAUAUGUAGCGCCAGCUCCCACACCUGCACCAUCAAUCGCACCACUCGCAGAAAUGGACAACGAUGAGGAAGAUGACGAAAACGCCACAAUUAUUGCCGAUGAAAUUACUCGUCCAAUUGAGCCCCGAAUCAUUUGCGAGCACAAAAAGAAGGAAAAACGCCGAAAAAAGAAACCAGAAGCAGCUGCUUCGUCUUCAACAACGGCUACGAAAAAGGAUUCCGAGCCACUUAAAGGGAAUCCAGUGUGUCCAUGGGAAGAUGAUCUCGAUACAACACAAACGGAAGGCUCAUUUGUAAAAACUUACGCAACACUCGGCUAUCUUUAGAUCCAUUAUUAAACAACAAGACAAGACAAAAAUCCAUUAUAAUCG